AAAAAAACAUUUUAAUUACACUGUUGCAUAAAGUUCUGAGUAAUGUUCAACCUCGCCAUUGAAUAAAAAACUACGUAAAUAAAUUUUAAUUAAAUAUAUCAUUACAAUUGAAAGUGAUUGUUCUCAUCCGAUUUUAAGUAUUUCCGUGCUAGUGUUAAAGAGAAAGUUUCAACAUAGGCCUGUCAGACACAGCUAUUAUGGACAUGAUGGUUUCCAGUUUGCAACAGCAAAGGGCCAUCACCGACCAACUUCGGCGUGAAGCUGGAAUAAAACGUAUUCCAGUAUCACAAGCAGUUGAAGAUAUAAUCAAAUACAUCACAGAGCAUGAACAAGAAGAUUGUCUUCUAGUUGGAUUUUCCAGUCAAAAAGUGAAUCCAUUUCGUGAAAAAAGCUCAUGUGCAGUACUGUGAUCACAGAAAAUCGCCAACAAUAAUAAUUAUUUUAUUUCAU